GCUACCUGGCUUGGCUUAACCCUAUUCUUUGCCGUCAAUAUCCGUCGACCACAGCCCAUUCUUCCUCGGAGGAGGAUCCAACAUUCUUGCUACCAUCUACCAUGCACAUCAACCCCUCUGCUAAGUCCUGGAAAUACGACGACCUGGCUGUCGACCCAGCGGUUGAAAAUUUCCAUCGCCAUCUUCCAGACUACAAUGAAACCCCUUUAGUUAGCCUACCAGAAGUUGCAAAUGAACUCGGACUUGGCCAUGUACUCAUGAAAGACGAGUCUCACAGAUUCGGGCUCCCUGCGUUUAAGAUUCUGGGAGCAUCAUGGGCUAUCUACAAAGCCGUUGCGGCGAGAUGCGAGAUGCCACUGACAUGCGGGCUAAGAGAGUUAGGGAGCUCUGCAAGAGGCAACAAAUUGGAGCUUGUGACUUGUACAGAGGGAAAUUGGGGAAGAGCGACCGCGAGAAUGGCCAAGUACCUCCAGAUUCCCGCAACAGUCUUCGUCCCAGAACUUAUGGAUCAAGCCACUCAGGAAAAUAUUUCCAGUGAAGGUGCCAAAGUAGUUGUUGUGGAAGGGGAUUACGAUGCUUCUAUCCAAGCAGCCCGUAAGGAGACAGAAACUGGAAACGGUCUUCUGGUAAUGGAUAUUUCCUGGGAGGGUUAUGAGGAGAUUCCCCAGUGGGUCACCGAAGGCUAUAGUACAAUGCUCACCGAAACGGAGCGACAAUUACAAGAGCUUGUCGGAAAACCAGUGACCCAUGUAUUCGCGUCAGUGGGCGUGGGUUCUUGGGCUCAGGCUGUCUCUAUGCAUUACAAAUCGCAUACUCCAUCAAGUGCCGUGAUCGCAGUGGAACCUGAAAGUGCAGCCUGUCUUCUGACAAGCUUGGAAGCUGGAGAAAUCACACCCAUACCCACGAGCCAUACAAUUAUGAACGGGAUGUGUUGUGGUACUGUUUCGUAUACCGCUUGGCCGAUACUCCGAGAAGGUGUUGAUGCGAGUGUGACUGUGUCAGAUGAGGAAGUGCAUCAUGAUGUGCAAUAUCUGCAUUCACAGGGUAUUCAGAACGGCCCGUGUGGUGCUGCAACCUUGAGCGCUUUGAGAAAGCUUAGCAAAGAGAAGAUACUCGGAUUGAGCAAACGAUCAGUGGUGGUACUCUUCAGCACAGAGGGCGCUAGGGACUAUGUAUUUCCACACUGA